ACAGGAGGAGUGGGUGCUGAAGCUGAAGGAAAUAGAGGAAGGCCGUCUGACCUGACAGAUCCAAUACUUUGCAAAAGGGGAAACAUCAGUUUCUCUCUUGAUUUCACUCCUGAGUGUGGAAUUGGAAGGCAAGAAGGAAACUCUUGGUGAACUUGAAGACUAUGGUAAGGAGAAGCUUUCAGACUACAGUAAGAGUUGUCCGUUGUGCUAUCAAGCAAGAACUGUGAAAAAAUAAUGGCAGAAAUUUUGAAAUGAUGCUAAAAGGGGAAAAUGUUUUUAAAGUACUUGUGAAUGCCUAGAGACAGGUGAAAGGAAGCUGACAGAAACACCACAAAGAAGUGGGGAGCAGCAUGGGGAACUGCUGUCAGAAGUAUUGUCCUUGCUUGGAGCCCUACAUGCCAUGGCUUUUCCAAGACUGUGAUUGUGGACAAAGGAAGAAGUCUUGUGGAACCAUUCCCAACACCCCAGUGGUGGACACAGACACUGUGUCUAUCACACAACCCACAGUCUUGCCUCCUCUUCCUCCACCAGAGCAGAACUGCAGAUUUGUGGCCCUAUUUGACUAUCAAGCGCGUACAGAGGAUGAUCUAAGCUUCAAAACUGGAGAUAAGCUUGAAGUGCUGGAUACAUCUCAAGAGGGCUGGUGGUAUGCAAAGCUGCUUGUGGAUAAUGGGUUCAUUAGGAUGGUGCAGAAGCUGGAAGGCUACAUCCCUGCUAACUAUGUCGCUCCUGACCAGAGUAUUGAAGCUGAACCGUGGUUUUUUGGUGCUAUUAAACGAGCAGAUGCUGAAAGACAACUCUUAUAUUCUGGAAACCAGGAGGGAGCUUUUCUAAUCAGGGAAAGUGAAAGUCAAAGAGGCGAAUUCUCACUUUCAGUGACUGAUGGGCAGACCGUGAAGCACUACCGGAUCAGACGACUGAACAAUGGUGGCUUUUUUGUGACGAGAAGGAAAACUUUUCAAACCUUGAAUGAAUUUGUCAGACACUACAGUGGGGGCAGCGAUGGGCUGUGUAUAAAGCUUGGGAGGCCAUGUAUAAAGAAAGAAAUCCCAACUCCCUAUGAUUUGUCAUACCAAACUGUGGAUCAGUGGGAGAUAAACCGAAAUUCUCUGCAGCUCUUGAGAAGGCUGGGUUCUGGCCAGUUUGGUGAGGUAUGGGAAGGAUUAUGGAAUAAUACCACACCCGUGGCAAUUAAAACACUCAAACCGGGUUCAAUGAAUCGGAAUGACUUCCUGAGGGAAGCACAGAUGAUGAAGAAUCUGAGACACCCCAAACUUAUACAGCUCUAUGCUGUUUGCACUCUAGAGGAUCCCAUUUAUAUUAUUACAGAACUGAUGAGACAUGGGAGUUUGCUAGAGUAUCUCCAAAAUGAUGGGGGCACCAGGAUCCACUUGCCUCAACAGGUGGAUAUGGCAGCUCAGGUUGCCUGUGGAAUGGCUUACCUUGAAUCUCAGAACUACAUCCACCGUGAUCUAGCAGCCAGAAAUGUCCUUGUUGGUGAACACAAUAUUUACAAAGUUGCAGAUUUUGGACUUGCCCGUGUUUUUAAGGUAGAAAAUGAAAAUGUAUAUGAAGCCAAACAUGAAACAAAACUACCUGUGAAAUGGACAGCUCCUGAAGCAAUCCGCAGCAAUAAGUUCAGCAUUAAAUCUGAUGUCUGGUCCUUCGGAAUACUCCUUUUUGAAAUAAUCACAUAUGGAAAGAUGCCUUAUUUAGGUUUGGCGGGCUAUCAAGUCCUUCAGAAACUCGACCAAGGAUACAGGAUUCCUCAACCAGCUAACUGUCCUAAAGAGCUGUACGACAUCAUGGGGGAAUGCUGGAAAGCUGAAGCCAAAGAACGACCAACCUUUGAAACAUUACAUUGGAAACUGGAAGAUUAUUAUGAAAUGGAUUCUACAGCGUAUUCAAAUGAGUAGUUUUUAUAGAAUGAGCCACAAACUCUUUCUAGUGAGAAUGACACUGUGCUAAUUUGGUAAAGGGUAUCUUUUAUCUUGAAAUAUCACUUUCUAGAACAUACUUCUGCACAUCUGCACCUCACACUGGAUGUAUGUGUGUGUGUUUGUGUGAGAGAGAGAGAGUGUGUGUGCAUAUAACAUCUUCACAGUCCAUUGUUCAUCAGAUCAGGCAGACUCUCACCUAUGAAAGCUCCUGAUGCUUUCAUCUAUUAUGGUGCCACAUGCUACAUCUUCUAAAAAUUACUUUCACCAAAGUAAUUGUGAGCUCAAUUUAACCUCACAAUUGAACAGAUAAAAUAGUGAUGCAUCUUAAGGACAAUGUUCUUCUUAAAAUAUGUGACAAUAUGCUGAGAUUUUGAUGGUAGCAGUCUGUCUUAUAAAGAUUAAGCAAACUGAAAUAGGCAGGAUUGUUUAUCUUUUUGCUGUACAAUGAAGUUAUUCCUCUAUUUAUUACUUAAACAGGGGAUGGUAAAAAUACAAAUCAUUAACAGAUAGCCUGCUGCACAAUAGGUAUUGUAACAUUGCACUUUUUAUAUAUGACUGUUUAUUUGUUAUUCUUCAAAUUCCACUGCAUAUCUGCUAAAUCCCAUCAGUCAGUUAUUAUGAAGGAAUGUGAUUACCGUUAUGCACAGCAGGACCUGUGUGUUGAGAUCUUUUCUUUUCUUUUCUUUUCUUUCUCACUCUGCCUCUAAAUAUCCUGUGACUACAAUAAUGGCAAGAGUGCAUUAAAUGUCUUUGUUGCAUACAGAAUAGAUGUAUGUUUGCUCCAGGGGUGGGGAAUAAUGAUGAUACAUGUUGAAGUAAAUAUUCAAAUUCAGUAGAACUAAAUUUUUUUUUUUAAGUAAUUGCAACUGGACAUUCUAGGGUCAGAUGAGCCAAAGAUGAUAAAUGUAUUUUAAUUCAUAUAUUAAAAUAUUAUAAAUCUAAACCACCAUGUAUCCUUGUAGUAAAAUAUCAGUUAAGUGGGAUUCUAUUUUUAAUUUCUUUUCAGCAGAUAUUUGAGUUACAGGUGAGGUGCAAUCCUAUUUAUUGAUCCUUCAGCCACUGAAUUCUGCUUUUACUUGCCUAAUCCUCAAACUUAUUCCAUUCCUACAUGGACUCGAAAUGAACCCCAGAAAUCCAACAGAGCUGCUAGCUUCUGAACCAAUGCUGACUGAUUCCAGCCAGCGGGCACCUGACUGGUAUUUUAUCUGGUGACUAUUUGAAGUGGUUAUACUGUUAGUUGUAAAACCAGGAUGGUCUUUGUAUAAGCAGAAGACAUUUCGACAUGCAAGAUGGCUUCAUAGUUCUCACAUCCAUUGAAUUCCGCAUCAAUCCAGAAGAUUCCCAAACACUCAGGAAUUGUUUUGCCAGGGGGAGAACUGUUGCGCAAUUUGAGUUCAGUUUGUGUGUCUUUAGAGGCAAACCAUAGUAAACUAAAUUAAUAAAUAAUAUUAAUAAUUUAUAUAUUAUUAAAUGUAUUACUAAAUUAAUAAACAAUAUUGUGAUUAUGAAA